AUGGCUGCUCUCGAUCAACAGGAACUUCUCAGAGAUUUUCCAGACGUUACAGAGUCAGACCUUGCCUCUAAAUUCCUCCAUGCAUAUCUCACCCCGGAGGCACGCAAGAAUAUCUCAUUGGAACUCUGCGCCAGAAUCUUGUUGACAGAACCCGAGCUUCACGAGAAGCUAAAGGAGGCGCAUAAAUCACAAAACUCGGAGGCGCUCGAUAACCUUUGCACAUACUUGCGACGAAACGCUUGGCGUUUUCAGCCUCGCCUCGAGGAAAUGAACGAAUUACUUCGAGAGAUCUUUUCCGACGGGAGAAUAACGCUGAUUGCAAAAGGCGAAUGGAAAGGACCUUCUUGGAUGCCACCCAAGAGCUCGAGUAGAGAUGCUCAUAUAGAUCCAGAGACCACAGCCUACAUCGAAAAUCUCCGUAUUCCGCUAGGUUAUCCGAUGAAAGAAAUACCUUUGAUUAUUCUAUAUGACUUGGGCAGCUUUCAACAUAACGACAAACUCAGAAACAGAUUGGACCGGGUUUUCUCUUCUUCUAAAGACACGUUCUUGGUAAACACCUCGGGUACAGGAAAAACCAAGCUUCUUUUCGAAGGACUGUGCCUGCAUUGGGGAUUAUAUAUGACAUGUUCUCUCGAUUCUUUCAAUCUAGGAGCCGCCGAUAUCCCAUUCGCUUUGGACAACAUAAACGAAAAUGCUACAUGGACCACCCGCUUAUCAUCCACUUCCAGCGACAACUACGCCUCGUCCCUGAAGACGAAUAUACAUUUAGUGUAUCGCGCGGUUAGCGAAGUCCUCUUGGCUCGGUUACUUAUCUUCAAAAUGUAUCUAGAGGCCUGUUCAACUCAAGGAUUUAGUGUUGAGCACCGGCGGCGCUGGUUGGAAUCACAAAUUUUCCCAACGAAUAUCAUACCCUAUUUCGACCCAUUUAGUAUGCUCAAAUACAAAAUAAGCGAAGGUUUCCUGAGUGACGAAGAUCUAGACGAAGCUAUUACGCACUCCUGGGACGAAAUACAGAGUUUCUGGAACUCACCGGAAAUGUCUACCGCAGGUGAUUCCUUUUACAUUGCGAUAGAUGAAGCCAAUGUAGCGUCGCGAAAGCACGACGAAGCGUUUGAGGACCAGCACGGCCGUUAUCCAAUUCUGAAAGAGAUCAUACGCGGCCUGCGACGGCAGAUAGGGAGUUCGAAGAUACCCAUCAGAUUCGUUGUCGCUGGCACUAUGAUUCCUGAAGAUCAUUUCCAAUCGACGGUUGGCGAGUGGGAUGAUUUUCGCUGGUGCUCAGAUACUGGGUCUUUCAAUGAUCCAGAGGAUCACCGGCGUUAUGUCUCCCAAUUCAUGCCUGAUUCAUUUUCGAGUUCAGUCACAGGACAGGCUUUGAUAGCCCGUAUGUGGUAUUGGCUGCGUGGAAGACACCGUUAUACAGCUUCCUUCCUUGCUGUCUUGUUGCGUAACAAUUAUCAGAGUCCUCAUACGUUACUGGGUAAUUACAUCGGGAAUUUCACUGAAUAUGUCCCAGAUGAUAACGAGGAAUAUUCAAGGGGGGAGGAACAUCGCUAUAAUAAUUGGUAUUCACCACUUGGUCCCACAGGGCUUCUCCAACGGUCACUUAGCAUGGUCGAAAUGCAUCGUGCAGUUGUUACUUUUUUGACUACUUCUGAAGGAUCUGUCGAUUGCUCCACAAAAGACAGAACUCUGGUCACCGAAGAUUACGGAUACUUCACUGACCCUGAUUGCUCCCAUAUAGCCCUAGAUGAGCCUUUAACAGUGACUUAUGGUGCGGGUUGGCUCAAGCAGAAUUCGUGCUUUUCUUUCGCAAAAUUCAUCCAGAUAUUUCACAACAAUAAACGCGAUGAUAUUCAAGACAUCCAGCCGACUCCGACUCAUUUUGCUCUAUUUCUGGCAUUGUCUUUUUCCUCCAUCCUAGAUCAUUAUUGUGAACCUUCAAGUGCAUUUACAGUUAUUGGACUACCUGCAUCCUUGCCGCAAGUAAAACUUGUCACCUUUACAAGGAUCGCUCAUCGACUACAAGUAGUAGAUGUGUGUCCCUGGAGUGAAGACGCUUAUGGCAAACUAGUUCUAAUGGCAAGUACCCCAGAAGAAACACUGUCUUGGUUUAAGCACGAGCGUGAUGAGCCGUUUUGUGUUUUGCCAUCUUCCUCGAGCAAGCAGCUCAUCCUGGUAUUUUGUCUGCAACUUGCUGACGCACGAUGUUUCUGGACUUUUGUAUGGAUUUCGUCAACAUCUAUGAACAAAGGUGAGCUGGAUUUCGCGCAGGAUAUCAAAAAUCUUCAUCCCAAUGAAGUUUUCCGUGAUCAGCCCGAAGUAGUUCCGCUCCUCAACAAGUUACCGAAUCUGCUUCUUGAUGUUGGAACUUUUGGAGUCUUGCGCGUUUCGGGAUCUUGCUGGGCCGAAAGUUACCUCGAAAAAAGUAUUCCUCAGGAUCAGUACCCUGCUGGUCUGUUGAAUAUUAAAGGGCUGGACGAUUCCAAUAGCAAGGUUUCUCGUGCUUUGCUGAUGCGCCGUCUUUCUCAUGUUAUAUCGCAAACAAAGAAUAGAUCAGCUGCACUUCCUGCUGAAGAUAAUCUCUCCAAGAAAGGGAAAAAGCGACGUGGCAGAUCCUUUACGAUAGUCGACGAUGCCGGUAUAGCUAGCUCUAGUAUUGGCGAAGCUCGCAAAACCAAAAGCGUGAAAUCCAGUCAAGGGGAUGAUAGCGCCAGUCUUAUCUCUGCUAAAAGUCAAACGCUAAGGGCAACUCAUGUUGGCUUUGCCGUUGCAGGUUCUAGUACUAGAACUGGGAAGAAUAGUAAAGGCACAGGUAGACCUCUCCCAUCCCAUCGUGGUCAAGGCAGGAUUAGCGAUGUUACUACACGACGCACUACAGCCAGGGUGGCACCUACUGAUUCCACUGCUCCAUCAUCAUCGACUCCUCCAUACAAUCUACGUAAGCGAUGA